AUGCAGAAUGGAGCAAAUGUGUCCUCAGAUACUGUCCCCAAGAGCCCUCGGACUCCCGGACAGGAGGAAACUUUGGAAUGGUACGAGGUCAUAGAGCUGCAGGCUUUCAGCGAGCGGAAGGCGUGGAUUGAAGAGAAGACCCAGUUCUUGGAGCAAUUGCCUCCGAUACAGGUCUUCGUUGGGCUCGAUGCCAUCCGUGAGUCUGCCCUGGAGGUGCCCGGCCUACCUACCCGGGAGCAACUACAAGAUUGGCUCGAAGAACAUGACCGAAUUGAGAAGGAGACAGAGAUAUUUGAUCGCGGAGAGCUACAGAAGCUGAAGAAAUUUACUAAAGCGGCCGCCUCCAGAAACCUCUCGCCAGUGGACACAGACCUGAUAGAACUUACGCUAACAACGAUCUAUGCUCUCGAUAAACUGAUACAUCUACUCCGAGACCGCUCAGACAAUCUAGAGCUACUUGGUGUCAGGCUAACGUGGGAAGAGAAGCGGAGGGCUGCGUGGACGGAAGUUCAGAGUCUCACUGCUGAGCUGCAGCAGUUCCUGGAAACGCGCGCAAGGUGGACCCCAUGUGUCUACGAGCGCGACGAGCAAGAUGAACUGGAAUCCCCCGUUGCUCCGGCGAAUGAAAGACUCAUGCUUCCGCUUCCCCAGCCGGCAGUACGUCGGCGCGGCUCUGUGGUAUCUCUGGCCUCGGCAACCUCAGACACUAUUGCCCCCACCCUUGGCCUCUCUCGUCACGAACGCUUCAGAAUCGCCGAGAUACUAUCUCGAGACGCGGCCUUGUUUGCUAGCCGCGUCUCGUCUCUACGUCAUUCCAAAAUUGCUGCCGCUGGUAAAGCGCUGGACAAGCUCAUAGGCGAGAGUCGAAGGCCCGUACCGGACGAGCUCUUGGACGAACAGGACAGACUGGAGAACAAGGGCAUCAACGAGAUGGAGGGCGUUGGCAAGUUCGUAAUGCAUGUAGUAUCACAGUGGAAGAAGGCGGACGAUAUCUACGUCGAGACGCUUAAGGACAAGAACGCCGCACAGACCCUGCUGGAAGAGAUAGAGAUGGCGAAGCUCCGACAUCCUGUCGGUCGUCAGGAUGUUCUCUUUGCUGGUCGCUUGGCCGCUCUCGUAAAGCGCCUUGAGAUGCGAGGCAAUCCGGCUAAUCUCAGUAGUCCUUUCCCUCGACCAAAGCACCCACUAUUCCUGGACCAGGAAGCCGCUAACUUCGAGAUAGCCAGGGUGCUUGGAGAAGAGAUAGAGACCGCCCAGUAUCAUGUCAAGGAAGCUGACACGGUGGCAAAAGAUUACCAUGUCAUGUCCGAAGCCGUCAAGAAAGUCAAUUCGCUGUGCAGAUCUGCGUCCACCCGUACAUCCGAGUUCCAGUCGUUGAUCGCUCGCCUAACGAAGGGAGUAGAUUCUAGAGAGCAAGACGGCCUACCGCCCAGUCUAGAUAAUGAGACUUGCCUGCAGAAGCCUAGCCACGCUGGUUUCCUGGCUCGUCUACCUGACGUUGUCGAACGUGUCAACGAGCUCGAGGCGGAGUCUGGCGAUCUUCUGCUAGAAGCCGAGAGGGCGUUGUCGGCUCUGCGCUUCCCCAACAUCAACGAGGAUUUCAGGGAGGAAUCGACUGAUACAGUUGAUGAGCUUGUGGCUGCGCGCAACUCCGCAGUUGCUGCUCGCGAUGCGACUCUCGCUCAAGUGGACGCCCUGGGCCGUGUACAGCGGGUAUGGACAACGAUGGCAACUAUCUUCGAUCGACUCAACAACCUUCGAGAGGACAUCGCAGAGUCAAUCAAGCGACAUGCCUGGGAGUCGGACACCGAGGACGAUGCUGCGCUUCUCACACCUGAGAGUCCGGCCUCGGUAUUGCCCAGCGCCGAUCCUACACCCCCAGAGGUAUCUGAGAGUCUUGAUCAGCUAGCGUCCAUGCUGGGCGACGACGUCAUGUCACCUUUGGGCGUCGUCGGGUCGUCUCUAGGACCUCCUCUGCGAGAAUAUCUGUAUAACUGCGCUUCGGGGCUAGGGACAGCCCUCGAAGACGCGCGACGCAUGGCUGUCGCCUCGACCGCCAUACAGAAACAGUCCUCAGAGAUGAUGGCAGUUCGCGACGAGACCAACAUCCUACAAGUUCGCAUGGAAGAGUUCAAAGCACGCUGCGAAAGUGAAGCCGAAAGACUGCUCACCGGGGCUCUCGACGGAGAUGGGGGCAAGGCCGUCUUGACCGCUCUUUACCCAGACGCCUCUCAACUUCGAUCAGAUGCACAAUCCGUUCAGGAUUCACUACCACACCGCAUACCUUUCGUCUCAACUUCCGACAAGGCAAUUGCAGUUCAGUCUAUUCCACCCCACCAGAAGCACUUCUCUGUGUCCUCUGGGUUGAGUCUUGACCUUGUCCGCCAAGCAGCGUUCGCAGGCCUGCCUAUUGAUCUCCUGGCGCUGGACCGAACUGUUCGCGCCGACUGCAACCGGUACAGCAUUCUGCUUGCGGGCGGUGUCGAGGGUCUAUCGCAAGCGAUCAAUCACUUUAAGGUCUGCGAGGUUGCGCGAAGAAUCGACCUUCAGGUGUCGUCUUUAUCCACGAGCCUGCGCCACGCUUCCGACAACACUAAGACUCUGCAGCAGUCCGUUAAUGAGGCACCAGAGAUGGGCUUAUCAUACGACAAGCUCGCAGCUUUAUCAGAACAGCUCGACAAAAUCUCUGAGACACACAGGCCAGACAUCACUUCGAUCUCCAUCUCUUUGCGCGACCUUGUUUCCCAGCUGGACGCUGGUUUGACCGGCCUUGACCAUGCUUCUGGAAACGCGUUGGUAUUAUCGCGGAAGAGAGCAGGCGAGGAAGCACAGCAGCGAGCAGGGUCUUGGAAGGAGAGCGUGGAAAUUCUUUCAGAGCGCAUCACCGACCUGAGACGUCGGGAACAAGUACGUCUUGCUGAGGAACGGGCGAGAGAGGAAGCCGAGAGUUUGAGACUUGAAGCAAAAGCGAGAGCCGAGCAGGAACGCUUGGAAGCUGAGAGACGAAUUGCCGAAGAGCAGGCUCGAACGCAAGCGGCAGAGGAAAAGCGAUUACGCCUGGAGGACGCGGCGCGAGAACACGAGCGGCUGGCAGUGGAAGCUGCAGAGGCAGAGCGUCGUCGAAUCGCGGAACCACGGGUGCCAUCGCUCGAUGAAGGUGCGCUUGUACACGACUCCUUAGCCAGCCCUCGCUUAUAUGCACGUUCUUCAGAUGUGUUUGGAAUGGACGGUUUGCCGAAUGCGGGAUCGACGUUGGCGACGGAGUUUUCCGAUUUGCGUAGCCUCGUCACGAGUCUGAGGCAACAGCUGCGUGCGAUCAAUAUCAGCGAGGUCGGUCAGCCUGACGGCCGAGGAGCAAUCUCGCUCCCUACCGAGGAAGAAGCUAGUAAGCUGGAAAGAAGUGUCACGGCUUUGCUCGACGACGCCAACACUCUGCCGGAGUCUGUGCCUGGAUCAGCUGCGGUCGAAGCAAAUCUGCAGUCCUUGCGAUCUGAAAUCCUGGUGGCCUCCGACCUCCUCCGCAGAAUCCAUCAGUUAGCGGGCCUUGCAGCCUCUGUUCGACGGUGCGACGACGCCCUAAGCGAUCUCCUGGAGCAUGUCGAUAGCUUCCCCGCUCCGCCGACAGGGCCAUUGUCAUCAUCUCAUAACUCAGACACAAAUCUGGCUCCGGAGGAUCAAAUGUUGGCACGCCUCUCGUUCACCCAGACACUGGUUGACGACGCGAUCUCUCGGGGAUCCGAGCUUUCUGGAGACGCUCGAGCUAUAACUGAGAGGGAACGGAUAUCUCAGACCUGGGACGAGCUUCGUGCUAUGGCAAUGGAUCGUCUGGCAGAGCCAAAGUCCCGGCCCCCCAGUGCAGUUGGCAACGGUCGUACCAGUAGGAACGCGGCAACUCCCAAUCCCGUGCCAGGGCCCCCUAAGCGCCCUUCCGCCGGACGGCACUCUAUGUCUACUUCUACUCCGAAGUUCCUCGCGCCACCACUUCCGAAGGCUGGACGAUCCAUAUCUGGUACUUCCACUGGUAGCACCCAUAGCAGGUCGUCCAGCAGGGCCUCUGGAACGUCCACUUCCCGGUCUGUCUCCGGACCUAUACCAAUAACCAUUAUCAAUCCGACGUCAAGACUGUAUACUUCCACUUUUGCCUCACGCCAACGGUCCUCUAGUAUCGCGUCGGAUGACCCGACUACCGCUGAGAAACAACGCAGCACCUUCACGCUCCCAUCGAAUCCACCAUCCAUCAUGCCACGUCCACGAUCAGGGACGAAUCAGAGUAUGCCGAGGAGAACUGCCUCACCUGCGCUCUCGGAAAUGUCCCGUUCACGAUCUAGCCUCAGCAUGUCUCGCUCAUCCGUAGGAUCUACCACGAAGUCCUCGUGGUCUCGCGCCCCGCGACAUUCCUUCCCUCAUGUACCGAAUUCUCCGUCUGGCCCGACGCCCCCUGUCAAAGAAAAGAAGCCCUAUGUAGCAAACCCGAAGAACAAGCUCGACGUCGCGUUAGGGGAUGUGGUCAACAAUUUGCCGGUCAGUAUCAACGUGGAGGUUGUGGCUGACACCUGGAAAGACCAAAGUGGAAAAUACUGGAUCGGAGAUGAGGACCCUAAGCUAUGUUUUUGCAGGAUUCUACGGUCCCAGACCGUCAUGGUUCGCGUUGGUGGUGGGUGGGCCGAACUUUCCAAAUUUAUCAGAGAACACUUCGCUGAUGCAUUCCGACUUGUACCUGAUUCUCCCCGACGAGGUUCUACUGAGGAGAAGUGGAUUAGCUCCACCAUCCUGCAGCAGCAGUCGAUUCAAGAAGUACUCAGCACACCACCGUCGCACCCUCAGACGCCAGAGCCGAAAAACCCCAUACCCUCGUUUGCACUAUCUACUCCUCCCAGAGCAAGCCCAAAAUCCCUGAAGAGCUCCUCUCCGGGGUCGCCGCUGCAACCAAUAGAGUUCAUCAGGCGGGCCGAUCGCGAUUCACCACUCCUACGAGCCGAUACCCCCACAAAGCUGCUACGGCCGAGGAGCAUAUCACACACUUCCAGGCCACCCGCAUGGAGACCCUAA